AAUACAGGAGAAAGAUCAAAAUGAGUACAUCCAGUGAUGGCGGGUCUUCAAAUGGUUGCAUGCGGUUCCUUCACAUGUUGGUGCGCACCAAAAAAGUUCCAGAUAUGGAAAUUAUGGAAAUGUCCGGAUUAGCUCGUGUCUUGGGAUUAUUCGAUUUAACAGCCCUAGGUGUUGGUAGUACAUUAGGCGCUGGUAUCUAUGUUGUUGCUGGACAAGUUGCACGGCAAACAUCAGGACCAUCGGUGUUUGUGUCAUUUCUUGUAGCUGCUGUUGCUUCUGUAUUGGCAGGUGUCUGUUAUGCUGAAUUUGCUGCUCGUGUACCUAAAGCAGGCUCGGCUUAUGUUUACAGUUAUGUGACAGUUGGGGAGCUAAUGGCUUUUAUCAUUGGGUGGAAUAUGAUUUUAGAAUACGCCAUAGGUACAGCCAGUGUAGCUAGGGCAUGGAGUUCCUAUUUUGAUUCUCUGAUUAACAAUGACAUACAAAAUUUCUUUAAUUCCACAAUGCCUAUGAAUUUGACUGGUCUGUCGUCUUAUCCGGAUUUCUUUUCAUUCGGAAUAACCCUACUCCUUACGGUAUUGCUGGCAGUUGGUGUUCGAGAAUCAGCUAAAUUCAACAAUGUAUUUACUGGAGUAAAUAUUCUUGUGGUAUUAUACGUUGUUAUCUGUGGAAUGUUUAAAGUAGAUAUAAAAAAUUGGCAAGUUGAUCCAAAACAGGUAGAAGUGUCAGAUGAAGAUGUGGGGACAGGUGGUUUCUUUCCAUUUGGUUUCUCUGGAAUGAUGUCAGGAGCUGCCACUUGUUUUUAUGCCUUUGUUGGUUUUGAUUGUGUUGCCACUACAGGUGAAGAAGCCAAAAAUCCACAAAGAAACAUACCACUGGCUAUUAUCACAUCUUUAAUCAUUAUAUCAUUAGCGUAUUGUUCAUUAUCAGCUGUUUUGACUUUAAUGUGUCCCUAUUACUUAUUGGAUCCAAAUGCACCAUUGCCAUUUGUGUUUGAUAGAGAAGGAUGGGGUGUUGCCAAGUACAUCAUAUCUGUUGGAGCACUGUGUGGAUUAUCCACUAGUUUACUAGGUGCUAUGUUUCCAUUACCAAGAAUAUUGUAUGCUAUGGCCACGGAUGGUGUGUUGUUUAAAGUAUUAGCUAAUGUCAAUGAAAGAUUUAAAACACCGUUAUUAGCAACUAUAAUAACAGGUAUUUUCUCAGGUUUUAUGGCUAUGAUGUUUAAUUUAAAAGAAUUAGUGGAUAUGAUGUCUAUUGGUACUCUGUUGGCUUAUACAUUGGUAGCUAUAUGUGUAUUAGUAUUAAG